GCUUUCUGGACUGGGGCCAUAAUGGUCUUAAAGGCAACUAUUCCUCUGGUGCGAGUUUUGAGUUGGAUCAAUGGGAGUGAUAAACCCCAAAUGGGUUACAUAUACGACACGAUGGACCAAGCAAAAGAAGCUAUUGCAAAGGAAUUUAAAGAUAAGAAAUCUCAGUACAUGCCAUUCUGGGAAGUGAUUGAUGAGAUUUGGAACAAACAUCUAUAUAGCCCUCUCCAUUCUACAGGUUACUAUUUAAACCCGCAUUUCUUCUAUUCAAGUGACUUCCAUUGUGAUGCAGAGGUUGCCAGUGGUAUCCUGUGUUGUAUCGUCCGUAUGGUACCAGAUCUGCAUGUUCAAGACGUGAUAGGUCUACAGCUUGAUAAGUACUUAUGGACUGAAGGUGCUUUUGCCCAAGGAAGUGCCUUUGACCAAAGAACCAAUAUUCCUCCAGUCUUAUGGUGGUCUCAUUAUGGCCGACAACAUCCUGAGUUCCAAAGAUUUGCCACUCGGAUUCUAAGCCAGACAUGCGAUGGUGCCUCAAGAUAUGAGCUGAAAAAGAGUUUGGCUGAGAAGCUGCUGAUGAAAGGAAGGAAUCCUAUAGAGCAACAACGAUUGAGUGAUCUGAUAUUUCUUCACUAUAAUCUGCACUUGCAGGGUUUUAAGUCAAGAUUAAACGCAGACAUUGUGCUUGAAGAGAUUGACCCAAUGGAUGAUUGGAUUGUUGAAGAAGCAAAAGAGAGUUCGUCUCAAAAUGGUGACACAGCAUGGAUGGACUUGGAUUGUGAAGAUAGAACCAUCAUUGAAGAUUUAGUUAAUGGAAGGGGACCUUCUAGCAUUCAACCAAAGGUGGAGACUGGGUCUUGACUUUUUGAGGGCUGGGUUUUGUGCUCUGUGGAGUAGCAUCCGGCUUUUUUUUUAUGGAGGACGACUUGGUAAUGGGGGGGUGAAGUUUUUUGGUAUGUAAUCAUAUCAUCACAAGCUCUUCGGGCGUUAUUCGCAUUUCUAUCCAUAAGAUUUUUUUCAACCCUUGAUCGUAAAUACUAACUUGGGAUCAGCUUUUAUUCAACAGAUUAUGAUGACUAUUAUA